UUGUCUCACAUCUGAAAGUGGCCCAACUGUGAAAAGGAUGGAAAGGAAAAGCCCACCUCUUGCACCUCUAAUGAUCUCAGUAGCUCCUAGUCCGAAGGUUCGCACACCACCAUCACAGUAUAAAAAGGACCUGACUACAGAAAUAAUUGACCUAUAUCUCACUCUGGAAGUGGUAGCCGAG